UACUCUACUUUAUUAUACACCACAACAAAAAAUAGUCUUUCAAGUAAAACCCACAAGAUUAAAACUCAAGGCAUGGCCGGAGUUAUGACCAGAAUUCCGAUGAGCCACCGCAUUUUUACACCGUACAAUAGCCGGGAUAUCGCGUUUCCCGGGGAACUUGCAUUGAGCAUGUCCGAUACGGUUUUCGGGUUUUUGCAUGAAGAAAGUGAAGGCUCACCCGAGAGCAUUUUGUACGAGGAAUAUAAUCGAAAUGAUCAAGAAGAAGAUGAAGAAGCUGAAAAUUCCACCAGCAAUGCUGAAGAUCACAAGAAAUUUUGGGAGAAUCAAUACCAACUUCUACAGGCAACGUUGUACAGGACAAGUUCAUUGGAAUCAAAGAUCAGAAAUUGUACAAAAGAAGUACUAAGAGAAGCUCAAGCUGCCGGAAAUGAAUGUACUUGCCGAAAUCCGGUGUUCGGCGGUUGCCGAAUUUGUCUAAUGAAACAAGUCAGUGCUAGUCUUCAAAAUGCUGGCUUCAAUGCAGCAAUUUGCAAUUCCAAGUGGAAGAAUUUGCCAGAUAUGCCAUCAGGCGAACACACGUUUGUAGAUAUAUUGGACUCGAAUACAAAGAAAGGGGAGGUGAGGGUGAUUGUGGAAUUGAACUUCAGGGGUGAAUUUGAGAUGGCCAGAGCAAGUGAAGAAUACAACAGAUUAGUUAGUAAGCUCCCAGAAGUGUUUGUGGGAAAAAUCGAAAGGCUAUUGUCAAUAACCGCGAUUUUGUGCGCGGCUGCUAAAAAAUGUAUGAAGGAAAAGAAAAUGCAUCUUGGGCCUUGGAGAAAAACUAGAUACAUGCAGGCUAAGUGGCUUAGGGUCACGGAACGGCAGACUGCCGUUCCGCGACUGAUAUCCACCACCGCAGGAUAUUCUAUCCGGCCGCAGAGGCCGAGGGCUUCGAUGCUUACGGUUGAUUUACUGGAAAAGUUGCCCAGUGUGCAAUGUGCAUGUUAAUAAGAUUGUAAAGGGUGUUUUUGUUUGACAGUGAGGGAAUUAGAGUUUGGUGAUUGAGUACUUCAUAGUCAUUGUAUUGUAUAAAUAUAUGAUAUGGUGUAAUGGUGGGGAGAUUGUAUUAUAAAUUUGCCUGAUAUAUAGGUGAAGAGAUUAUUAUUUUAAACA